AUGAUUAAAUUUUUUCGUAGAAAAUUUUUUAAAAUAAAUAAAUUUAUGAAUUUUAAAGCUUUGAAAACAUCUAAAAUAUUUAAUAUAAAAAAGGAAAUUAUAAUUAAUAGUUUGGAGGAAAAAAAUGAAAAACAAAUUAAUGAUGCAUUAAAAUAUUUUUCUAAAUCUGAAAUUUUUUAUUUAUUCUUUAUUCCUUUUGCUUUUGUCUCUAUUUAUAUCUUUGUAAUGUGGAAUAUUUUCAAAUAUAUUUGUGACAUUAAAGAUAUAAACCAUUUUUUAAAAAUUCUUCGUUGGUUAAAGGGAAAAGAAUCUUAUCCAUAUGAAUAUCUGCAAAAUAAAAAGAAAAAGAAAAGAAAAAGUGAAUCUAUUAUUGUUAUUGAAAAAAAAUUUGAAUAA